AUGCUGCCACCAGAACCAAAAGCAUUACAUGCGGACCAACCGGAUCAGCCGGACCAAACUCUCUAUGACUGGGUGUGGCAGUCACCAUCACCUACUCUGGAGCUGGCUCAAUCGCCUUUGUUCAAACUAUCAACACGUUUCCUGCCCUUGGAAGAGCGCACUAGGCUCACAUACGAAAGAGCGAAGAAAAUUUGCGAUGCAUACAGUUUGACGGUGGAAGAUAUUUUAUCUCUCGGUCCAAAGUUUUGGAAGCUACAGACGGACCCAAUCGCUGCAGUUGACGGUGGAGCUUUGACUUUGAUUAGUAUUCAGUACAACCUAUUUGUGGGCACUGUGGCUCCAUUCGCAGCUAGCCGGCCGGACCUUCAGUGGAUCCUGCAGCGUGCCUUGAGCUUCGAGAUUUCGGCUGACUCGAAGGAACGCCUCAGAGCGCAGUUUAUGCUCACCGAGGUUGGCCAUGGGCUAGACGCGCGAAACUUAGAAACGACCGCGACACUCUUGCCAGAUGGUGGUUUCGAGCUCCAUAGCCCUUCCUGGGCAGCUGCAAAGUGUAUGCCACCGACGACACCAAGAAGCGGGCUUCCCGUCGUUGCCGUUGUCAUCGCCCGACUGAUCGUGGAGGGUGAGAACUAUGGGGUCCGGCCAUUCCUAGUUCCCUUGGGAGAUGGCCGCGAGAUGUGCAAAGGCGUGGUUGCAAAAGCCCUACCUCCACGCGCUGGUGCUCAUCUAAUCGACCACUCGCUCACCCUUUUCAACCGGGUUGUGCUGCCCAACUCUGCUCUCUUGGGGAGCCUUGAAAAGCCACGAAAUGAACGGGAUCACUUCUUUUCCACGAUCCACCGCGUCUCAGCCGGGACGCUAUUCCUGUCGGGUGCUUCCAUCCCUUCCCUCAAACUCGCAGUGUACAAUGCGGCCCAAUUCAGUCUGCGACGGAGGGUCACAGGCCACGACGGAAAUCCAAUGGCCGUCAUAAACUUCCGCACCCAGCAUCUCCCCAUCCUCCACGCAGUCGCCCAAUACCAUGUACUCCAGGCGUUCCUCGUACAAGCUGCGACCAUUUUCCGCAAUAGAAAGGUUGAUCCGCGCGUGCGCCACGCCGUCGCGACUGUCUUCAAGGCUGUUGCCCUGCAACACUUUCAGAAGAGCAUUAAAGCAUUGAAUGACGGAUGUGGUUGGCAUGGAUAUUACGAACAUAAUCAAAUUCUUCAAUUAGAACUGGAAUUCCGAGCAGUAGGGACCGCAGAAGGCGACAUCAGGGUCCUUGCCAUUCGACUCGCAAGCGAGCUACUGAUCGGCCGCUAUCAGCUGCCGCCCCCUAAAGACCCCAACAGCACCGUUGCUCGGCACGAAGCCGCAUUGUUGACAGAGGCAAAAAAUCAUCUGAUAGAAUUUGGCGGCAUGCAUCGAAGCGAAGACUUUAACCGCAAUAUCCUCCCGCUCUCGCUUCCACUGAUCCAGGCCAUUGGUCAUCGAAUGGCGUUGGAAGCAGCAAAGGAGACAAACAUCGACUCCAUGCUCUGCGCUCUCUACGAAAGUGGUGUUAUUCUGGAAGAUUCCGCGUGGUACGCAGAGCAGGGAGGCAUCAGCCGGAGAGCGCAGAGGGAGACGGAAGCCCAAGCUGCCGAUGCAUUACUCCCAGACUUAGAGAAGCUCGUGUACGAAACAGGAGCGGCGCCGUACAGCAGUGCGCCCAUGACUUCCGACCGGCUAUGGAACACAUUUGUGUCCGAGCUGGACGCUUUUUCUGGGGAAGCCUCCUAUGACAUUUGGGCUUCUUCUGUUCAAUCAACAGACCUAUAG